AUGUUGUGCCAGUUCAAAAAAUUUCGACAGCGAUUUCAUUUAAUAUAUUAUCUCAUCGAAUGGAUCAUUGUUUUCCAUAUGGAUGUCUUGGGCAUGCAGACUGUUGGCGAAGACCACCUUGUCAACGUUGUGUUUUUGUAA